AUGGAGACCAAACUUCUGAUCAACGCUGCUGGGCUCCAAGCGCCUGAACUGGCACAGAAAGCCCGCACCAACAGAGCAAUGACUCAUGCGACACCCACCGACACGCGGGCUGAGGCAUCUGCUGCAGAUGUAGGACCAACGGGCUAUUACUGCAAG